GAAAGAAACUAGAGAGAGAAAAGGAAGGGGAAAAAAAUCUAGAGAGAGAAAGCGAGGCAGUCGUGGUGUGCUGGCCAGCCACCACCUCCACCACCAAAUUCCAACACGCUUCCGAUCGAUUCCUCCCCGUCGUCUUCCUUCUUUCCUCAGCCCUCCCAUGAUGAUUUCCUCUCUUUUCUGAAUCCCCUAGCAUUUUCAUUUUGUUGUUGUAGCUAUCACUUUCAGAUCUACUAGGAUUAGAAUUUCUCGCACUUCAAAAGAAACCCUAGAAUUUUGGUGUCGCGGAUCUGAGAGACUGCGAGGUUUGGGUGAUUUGAGAGGUAUGACUUCAGUCAAGUCGUCUCGCUCCAGAACCGUUGCUGCCCCGCGGGAGAACGGCGGCGCGAAGUUCGAGGAGAAUCUGAAUGUUUUCAAGACCGAUCAUUUUGAUGCUGAUUCUUAUCUGCAGUCCAAGUGCUCGCUCAACGAGAAGGAGAUAAGGCAAUUAUGCUCAUAUCUAUUGGAUUUGAAAAAAGCUUCUGCGGAGGAAAUGCGUAGAAGUGUCUAUGCUAAUUAUGCAGCCUUCAUUCGCACAUCAAAAGAGAUAUCAGAUUUAGAGGGAGAGCUUUUAUCCAUCAGAAACCUGCUAUCUACUCAGUCAGGCUUAAUUCAUGGUUUAGCUGAAGGAGUGAACAUUGAUUCUUUAUCUAUCACUGUUUCUGAAAGUUCUACUCCAAAUGGAUUAUCUAAUUCUGAAGAUAGAGAACCUUCGGACCUGGAGAAAUGGUUAAUAGAGUUCCCUGAUCUCCUAGACGUUUUAUUAGCUGAGAGGAGAGUGGAUGAAGCUCUGGAGGCCCUGGAUGAAGGAGAGCGUGUAGCUGCUGAAGCAAUAGAAAUGAAAACAUUGAGCCCUGAUACACUUACAUCUUUACAAACUGCUAUAACUGAACGUAGGCAAAAAUUAGCUGACCAGCUUGCUGAAGCUGCUUGCCAACCCUCUACCCGUGGUAAUGAGCUUCGUGCAGCUAUUUCAGCUCUUAAAAAACUUGGGGAUGGCCCUCGUGCUCAUACUUUGCUGCUCAACGCACAUUAUCAAAGAUUUCAGUAUAACAUGCAAAGCCUUCGCCCAUCAAGCACCUCCUAUGGAGGAGCAUAUACUGCUGCUCUCUCACAGCUGGUGUUUUCUGCCAUUGCUCAAGCAGCUAGCGACUCUUUGGCUAUAUUUGGUAAGGAGACAUCCUAUACAUCUGAGCUUGUGAUGUGGGCUACAAAACAAUCUGAGGCUUUUGCGCUUCUUGUUAAAAGACAUGCAUUAGCUUCAUCAGCAGCUGCUGGAGGUUUACGAGCUGCUGCAGAGUGUGUUCAAAUAGCUCUAGGGCAUUGCUCUUUGUUGGAAGCCCGUGGUUUGGCACUUUGCCCUGUGCUAUUGAAACUCUUUAGGCCUAGUGUUGAACAAGCACUAGAUGCUAACCUAAAACGGAUUGAAGAGAGUACUGCUGCUCUAGCUGCUGCUGAUGAUUGGGUACUUACAUAUCCUCCAACUGGUACACGCCAAUCUGGCAGGCCUUCUAGUAUGUCUCUUGGUAACACAACAGCAUUCCACCAUAGACUUUCAAGUAGUGCUCAUCGGUUUAAUUUGAUGGUCCAGGAUUUCUUUGAGGAUGUAGGUCCACUCUUAAGCAUGCAGUUAGGAGGUCAAACACUUGAAGGCUUGUUCCAGGUGUUUAAUUCAUAUGUGAAUUUGCUCAUAAAAGCACUCCCAGGAUCCAUGGAAGAAGAAGCAAAUUUUGAAGGUACUGGAAAUAAAAUUGUCCGAAUGGCUGAGACUGAAGAGCAGCAGAUUGCAUUGCUAGCAAAUGCAUCAUCAUUAGCAGAUGAGUUGCUUCCACGAGCAGCCAUGAAACUUUCUCCAUUGAACCAGGCAAAUUUUAAGGAUGAUCCUCGUAGAAGACCUUCUGAUAGGCAAAAUCGACAUCCUGAGCAAAGAGAAUGGAAGAGGCGACUUGUAAGCACAGUUGAUAGGUUGAAAGAUAGUUUUUGUCAACAACAUGCUCUUGAUCUCAUUUUUACGGAGGAAGGUGAUAGUAAUCUUAGUGCAGACAUGUACAUAAAUAUGGAAGGAAAUGUGGAUGAGCUAGAAUGGUUUCCAUCCCCCAUAUUCCAGGAACUUUUUACAAAGCUGAACAGGAUGGCCAGCAUAGCAGCAGACAUGUUUGUAGGCAGGGAAAGAUAUGCUACAUUGCUAUUAAUGCGACUCACUGAAACUGUCAUUAUAUGGCUUUCUGAAGACCAAAGCUUUUGGGAUGAUAUUGAGGAAGGGCCGAGGCCUUUAGGUCCUCUUGGUCUUCAACAGUUCUAUUUGGACAUGAAGUUCGUCAUCUGCUUUGCUUCACAAGGUCGCUACUUAUCACGGAAUUUGAACCGAGUGGUCAAUGAGAUCAUAUCUAAAGCUAUGGCUGCAUUUGCUUCAACAGGGAUGGAUCCAUACAGUGUACUUCCGGAAGAUGAGUGGUUUACUGAUAUAUGUCAAGAAGCAAUGGAAAGAUUGAGUGGAAAACCAAAAGCCAUCAAUGGAGAUCGGGAUCCCAACAGCCCAACGGCCUCAGUCUCAGCACAAUCAAUCUCAUCGGUCCGAUCUCAUGGGAGCACCUAAUGCAUAAUUUGCUUCAACCUUGUCUCUGUAAAUUAGACAGCAAGCAGCAGAACCCAUUGUGGAUUUGCCAGCCCAAUCCUUGUAAUCAUAGUAAGCAUUUUUUUUUCCUUUCUCAUUUUCUUUCUUCCAGUAAAAUUUUUCUCUUCCCUUGAUUAUUUAAUUUUGAUGUUGGUUACAUUUUGAGUUAGGGUGAUGUUAUGGAUGAUGAUAAAGGGGUUAGUAAUUCUUUUGGGGUCUGUGGUUGAUAGGGCACUUGAGUUUGUAAAUGUGGAUUCCGCCAUUUGUUCUUGAAUCAAAAUUUGUACUAUUCUUUGAUUGCUGCGUUUAA